UAAUAUUAAUUAAAUAAUACUAAAUCAAUAAAAUUAUUUCAAUUGUUCAAUACUCACAUUUUGAUGCAGUGUGUGACAUUAUUUAAUGCAUUGUAAAGCGGCCUUUAUUUUAGAUUGAAUUUUGAUUAUGCUUUUGUUCGUGUGCAACACAAUAGUGUAUCGUACAAUACACGUAGUAUUUACUAACAUUUUAUUAGAAGUGGGGAUGAUUAGAGAUAAUUAUGUUGCCCGCGAAUUGUGACAAUCGUUGUGAUUAUUAACAAGUGACAAGAAUAAAAUAGUUCGUUGUACAAAGAAUUCUUACGAAUAUUUUUUAACGAAAUAAUUAUUUAUAUUUAUUUAAUAGAAAAGUAUAAAGCAAUCACAGAUUUUUUUUUUUAAUAAUAGCAUUAUUUAAAAAAUGCGUUCUUAAUUUUAUCAUAUUUUAAUGAAUCAUCGCUACUGAUAAAAUAAUAUUUUACGUUGUUCAUGCAAGGUGACAUGGCUCUAUUUGCCGUGCUUCUUGUGGUUCUAUCCAUUUUUUCUUCAACAUAUAGUACUGUGCAUUUUCAACCUGAAUCAGUGCAUCUUUCAUAUGGUGAUAAUAUACACGACAUUGUUGUUACAUGGAGUACAAGAAAUGAUACAGGUGAAUCUAUUGUAGAAUAUGGUAUAGGAGGCUUUGUUUUAACUGCCAUAGGAAAUUCAACUCUUUUCGUUGAUGGGGGAUCAAAAAAAAGACAACAAUAUAUUCAUAGAGUUUGGUUGAAAAAUCUUACACCUGACAGUCAUUACAUAUAUCAAUGUGGAAGUCGAUAUGGUUGGUCAAAUAUCUUUUAUAUAAAGACUGCUCCUCAUAACUCUGUCGAAUGGUCGCCACACAUUGUAAUCUUCGGUGAUAUGGGAAAUGAAAAUGCUCAAAGUUUAUCAAGGCUACAAGAAGAAACUCAUCGUGGCUUAUAUGAUGCUGCAAUACAUAUCGGAGAUUUUGCUUAUGACAUGAAUACUGAAAAUGCUAAAGUUGGUGAUGAAUUUAUGAGACAAAUUGAGGGAGUUGCUGCUUAUAUACCUUAUAUGACUGUGCCUGGUAAUCACGAGGAAAAAUAUAAUUUUAGUAAUUACAGAGCACGCUUUACAAUGCCUGGUAGUUCAGAAGGACUGUGGUAUAGUUUUGACAUAGGUCCUGUACAUUUUAUAGGUAUAGAAACAGAAGCUUACUAUUUUAUGAAUUAUGGAAUAAAGCAACUUAUAAAACAAUAUGAAUGGCUUGAUAAGGAUUUAAAAGCUGCAAAUAGACUUGAGGCUAGGGCACAACGUCCUUGGAUAGUAACAUUUGGACAUAGACCAAUGUAUUGUAGUAAUGCAAAUGCGGACGAUUGUACGAAUCAUCAAAGCUUAGUUAGAGUUGGUUUGCCAUUCCUGAAUUGGUUUGGUCUGGAAGACUUAUUCCUUAAACAUAAAGUAGAUUUAAUGUUGUGGGCACAUGAACAUAGUUUUGAACGAAUGUGGCCCAUGUACAACUUUAAGGUGUACAAUGGUAGUUAUGAAGAACCAUAUAAGAAUUAUAAAGCACCUGUACAUGUGGUAACAGGAUCUGCUGGAUGUAAAGAAGGAAGAGAAAAGUUUAUUCCUCAUUCGCCAGAUUGGUCAGCAUUUCAUAGUUCCGAUUAUGGAUAUACGCGUAUGAAAGCGUUUAAUAAGACACAUCUAUAUUUAGAACAGGUUUCUGAUGAUAAAGAAGGUGCUGUUAUAGAUCAAUUCUGGCUUGUAAAAGAUAAUUUUAUGCCGUCGUAUGAUCUAAAAGAAUUAGGUCUAGAAAGAAAUGAAGAAUUAUAAAAAUAAUAUUAGUAGAACUUGGCAAAUAUAUAGUUAAAUAUAUGCAUUUUUUUUUUCAGAAGUGA